GCGAUGGGGCAGGUAUCUCAACACCUGACCUUCACAAACUGGCAGCCGCAGGUUUCCACCAGCAGAAGGUCCAUCAUGCGCGCAUCGGACCUUCCGGAGAAAUGGAAAGCCGGGCCUGCGGAGGUAUACACAGGCCUGGCACAGAAGUCCUACUACCUCAUGAAGGAGAAUCCUGUGCUUUUCGACAUGACAGUUGAUGAGGAUCUCGAGAAGCUGCAAGUGGAGAAGGAGGAUGAGGAGAAACAGAAGAAGGAUUUAGAAGAUGCAAAAGAGGACACUUUGGUCCUGAGGAAGCGGAUCGAGGAAGUCAAGAUGAACGAACGCAUACGUGCUGUUACGGAGUUGCUGUACCUCAAGGUAUGCCGGAAAUUUCAGCAACUGCAGGUGCCCCUGAUACCACAGCUCAAGGAAGGUGGCGAUGUGCGCUUCGGGAAUAUCGACCUAAAGGGGCUGACGACGGACAUUUACUCUGCAGACGCUCUGGAACUGGUUCGGGACCACCUCUUCCGCAUCAUUGGACAGCAAGGAGGCAACCCAUCCUUUGCCGGUGGCAUGGGCGUUGUCCAGAUUGCCUUGUUUCAAGCUGGCCAAGUUUAUGCAAUGUCGGCAAUGUUUGGCUAUUACCUGCGCCGAGUCGACCAGAGGUAUCAACUGGAGAAACUUGCCGGCACAUUCGGUGCUUGGGGCGAGGCAGCGGAGGCAGCAUCCAACCCAUUUUCGCAGGAUCCCGGAGCAGCUGACUCACUCAAGGCUUACAUCAGCUCUUUUGGUCCCGAUGAAGUGCAGAGCAUGUGGGCCGUGACCUCCGCCGAAGCACAGCUUGCGAUGGAGAUGCAAGUCACUGGGCUGUUUGGGGAUCUCCGUGCUUUGAAAGACAAGUUGGUGACGGCGCUGGGCAUGGUCAACUCUCCAGAAGAGGCGACCAUGAAGCUUGAGCAGGCGAUCAAAGCCAAAGAGGUCGAGUCCCUGCGCAUCACAAGUGAUGAUUUGCGACGACUGGUGUUGGAGGCUGUUGCUUUUGGUUCAUUGUUGAACGACUCUGAGAAGCAGUUCGACUCGAUCUACGAGCUCACCCCGGCCUCCAGUCGAGUGAUGGGUCUUCUUACUGGUGAUGAUGAAGAAGGACGAAUGCUGCCGGAGUGA